AUGGUGGACGAACAGUCCCUGAGACGCAAUAGAAAUGCUACACCACAGUUCAUCGGUGCUUUGACUGAGAUGGUCUGGACCCAGAUCGAAAAUGUCGCCAUAGACUUGGAGAGCUUCAGUCGCCAUGCUGGCCGGACAUCCAUCACUACCGACGAUGUACUGCUCCUGGCCCGGCGGAAUGCAGACCUGAACGGCAUCAUCAAGGAUUUCGUAGAUGAGCAGAAGGCAGCCAAGGUCAGCAAGGGCAAAGGAAAGGCCAAGCGAUGA